AUGCUGCUCGGAUAUCAGGGAAAAAAGUAUUACGGAAUGCAGGUGACUGAUAAGCGGCCGUGAAAAGGUCAUAACUGAUAAAAUGGCAUGUUUUUCAGCUGCAAAAGGAUCUUCCGACAAUCGAAUCGAACUUGCUUGACGCGAUGCAACGGGCGGGAUGGAUUACGAAGGAGCAGAAGGAGAAACCGUUCGAUUUCUUCUUCCAACGAGCCGCCCGUACGGAUAAAGCUGUUUCUGCGGCCAGACAGGUCGGUUUUCACAGAUUAAUACAGCAUUCCCAUGAAAAAUAACAUUGACACGCGUUAGCGAUUUCACGAUUUUUUGCCAUGUUGCCACAUUCACUGUCCGAGUCCGAACUCUCAGAAAUGCCUAUAAACCAGACUUGCAAAAUAAGGGCCCGGCCCGAGAAAUGUUUUUGAAGGCCCGUCCCGUUGCAAGUCUGCUAUAAACGGAGCAUUGCGCAGUUUAAGCUGUUGCCGCGGCCUAAAAAAAUCCUAGGCGAUAGGAUCUUUUACGGAUUUUUUUUUGCAUUCGGCACAAUCCUCAGACGUUGCCAAGCAUUCAAACAAAUUACCAGAUUGUGAAAGUGCAAGAGUUUUCACACCCGAGUUUUCUAGGCCACGGCCACAACUUUAACUGUUCCGUUUUUAGGCAUUUCUGAGAAUUAGGACUCGGACAGUGUAUGUGGUUCAGACAGACACAAAAAAUCGGAGAGUUACUUUAAUAAAAAUCUUGUUUGCAGAUGUGCGGAAUGCAAUUGCCACGUGACGACGCCAAAUAUCAGGCGGAAGGGGCGGCAAUCCUGAACGACCUGCUGCCGGAGGACAUUCGCGUGUUCGGAAUGCGCCGGACCACCAACUUUUUCCAUCCGCAAAAGCAGUGCGACUACCGUACCUACAGCUACACGUGUCCCACUUUUGUGUUCGCAAAACCCACCGAGGUAGGCGUUAUGCGCUCAAUUUAAUACAAAAAACAGUAAGAACUUCAGUGAGAACUGAGUUUUUCUGUAUGAAUGAACAAAUUUUCAGCUGACGAAUGGCUCAUUCCGAAUUACGAAAGAAACCCUGGCCGAAGUGAACGAUAUUCUGUCGAUCUACAGGGGAACGCAUAAUUUCUUCAAUUAUACUGCUAAAAGGUACGGAUUUAAAUGUUGGGAAAAUUUCAGACUUUUCUAAUUUUUUCAAAUUUCAGAGCCUACGACGACAUGAGCUCCAACCGGUACAUUGUGUCGUUUGAGUGCAAGGAGCCGUUCCUUUUCCGCGAUGAAUUUAGGUAAGAAAUUACAUCUUUUCGCCUGAAAACUCUAACGUUUCAAAUUGCAGAAACGAAGACGUCGAAUUCGUGCAAAUCGUGAUCAAAGGCCAAUCGUUUGUGCUGCACCAAAUCCGAAAGAUGGUCGGAAUGGUGAUUACCGUAAUUCGAGAGCUGCAGCUCAAAUCCGCCAUUCAGAGAUCGUUCGAAGGACAGAGAGUAUGUGCGAAAAUGUUUUCUGAUGAGAGACCCUAAAAAAGCGGGGCAUGAAAAACUCAUUGUGCUCAGAUUUGAUUGAUAUUGGGUACAGUGAGUACCUGGAAACUUAAGAUUUUUAAAAUUAGUGUCAUUUGGCUCCUCCUUUUUUCUAUGACUGCUGUACCCCCAAACGCAAUUCGAUUCCUCGCUUCUUUUUGAGCAUUUUGAUUUCAACAUGAAAACUGCGGAUUGAAAUUUCCACCGAAUUUUUUUUUUCGAACUCGAAGUGCCGGCGCACAACUCAAAGCACCUAUGCCAAUAUCAAUCAAAUUUUUCAGUUAUUCUCCAGUCUCUCAGAGUGUCGCUCGUACAAAAAUCACCAUUUUCUUGCAGAUGGACAUUCCGAUGGCUCCAGGAUUGGGACUUUUGCUCGAAAAAACGCAUUACGACAGUUAUGACAAGAAAAAUGAGAAAACGCACGAAUCGCUGAGCGAUUGGGGAGAGGUUUUUCAACAAUUUUUGCAGAAUCGUUUAAACAUUUUGUUCAGAUCAUAGAAAAAGAAGUGGAUCGCACCAAAUUCGAGCUCAUCACCAAGGAUAUGCUCCAGACGGAGCUGCUGACGCAAGGGUGAAUUCAAUUUAUUCUUUUUUUUUCCAAUUUUUGAAUAACUUGCUCAUUCAGAAUGCUAAAAUGGCUCGCCGACCUCGUCAAUCACGACUUCACCGUCAAUCCGGAGGCCGAGGCGCCCGAAACAAAGACUUUUGUGACUAUGGCUGCUGCAUGUGCCGCAAAAGCUGCCAAAGAGCAAGAACAAGCUCCAGAAGCUCCAGAAGCCGAGGAAAAUGCUCCAGAAACCUCGAAAGAUCCGAUUGCCGCGGCCCUGUGA